AUGCAGUGUUGCGCGUGCGUAUAUCGAAUUUAUCGUCUAAACGUCAGUAGAACAGUAGCGGUGAGUUGGAACAGGCUCUUUAAUCUCUCAUACGCUCUCUAAAGGAUCGUGCAAUCCACGUGUAAUUUAGUUCAAAGCAGCAGAAGAAUUUCUUGCAUUGACAUUAUUAAUCAUGGUAUUGGACUUAGAUCUUUUUCGAAAAGACAAAGGUUUUGAUCCAGAUAAAAUACGGGAAAAUCAAAAGAAUCGUUUUAAAGAUGUAAAUUUGGUGAACGUGGUAAUUGAAAAAGACAAAAUUUGGCGUCAGCUGCGACAUAAAGCUGACAAUUUCAAUAAGUUGAAAAAUGUAUGCAGCAAAGAAAUUGGAGAGAAAAUGAAAAAGAAAGAAGCAAUAGGCACUGAUAGCACAGUUUCGGAGGAUAUUCUUGAAAAUUUGGAUAAUUUAACAUCCGAUAUCCUGAAGUCAUUAACAAUUACUCAGAUUAAAACUAUUCGUAGUUGCAUUGAUGAUGCCAUCACGAAGAAUGAUAGAGACUUAACUGUAACUGGAUUGGAAAGAAAUAAUAGCCUUAAAGAAAUAGGAAAUAUUUUGCAUGAAUCUGUACCAAUUAGCAACGAUGAAGAUGAAAAUAAGGUUGAGAGAACUUAUGGGGAUUGUACGCAAACCAAAAGGUAUUCUCAUGUUGAUUUAAUACAUAUGAUCGAUGGAUUAGAAGGAGAACGUGGUACCAAUGUUUCUGGCGGACGUGGCUACUUUCUAGUAGGACCUGCAGUUUUUUUACAACAUGCAUUAAUACAAUUUGCUCUUAAACAAUUAUUUGCAAAAGGUUAUAAACCACUUUAUACACCUUUUUUUAUGCGUAAAGAUGUUAUGCAGGAAGUAGCACAGUUAUCUCAAUUUGAUGAGGAACUAUACAAGGUAAUUGGUAAAGGCAGUGAACGCAGUGAUGAUAAAGAUAUAGAAGAAAAAUAUUUAAUUGCUACAUCAGAACAACCAAUAGCUGCAUUUCAUAGAAAUGAAUGGAUUCCUGAAAACGUUUUACCAAUUAAAUAUGCAGGAUUAUCUACAUGUUUUAGACAAGAAGUUGGUUCUCAUGGACGUGAUACAAGAGGGAUUUUUAGAGUUCAUCAGUUUGAAAAAGUGGAACAAUUUUGUUUGACAUCCCCAUAUGAAAACAAAUCUUGGCUAAUGAUGGAAGAAAUGAUAUCAAAUGCAGAACAAUAUUAUCAGGCUUUAGAGAUUCCAUACCGUAUAGUUAACAUAGUAUCGGGUGCACUGAAUAAUGCUGCUUCAAAAAAAUUAGAUUUAGAAGCAUGGUUCCCUGGAUCUGGUGCUUUUCGUGAACUUGUAUCAUGCAGUAACUGUUUAGAUUAUCAAGCUAGGCGUUUAUUGGUCAGGUAUGGCCAAACAAAAAAGAUGAAUACUAGCAUGGAUUAUGUACAUAUGCUAAAUGCAACAAUGUGCGCAGUUACUCGCGUUAUAUGCGCUAUUUUAGAAGUACAUCAAACCGAUACUGGUAUUAAAGUCCCAAAAGUUCUCGCACAGUUCAUGCCAACUGAAUACGAGAAUGAAAUUCCAUUUGUUAAAGCAGCUCCUAUUGACGAAGCGGAAGUGAAGAAAACAAAAAAAUCUAAGGAACCAAAGGACAUUAUUCUAUCUUAAGUAUAUCGUUUUGGUAAACGAUCACUUUGGAAUAAUGUAAAAAAAUCUUAAUGAAUUCAAUUGUGAUUAAUUCUAAUAUUUGGGAUACAUUUUGUUCACAAACAUAUAAGCGAAUAUAUGUUAUAGUUCGAACGCUUUUAGCAUAUAUACCCGUAAAUUAUUGAGAUUUAUAUACUUCAUUAUUACAAAACACAAAUAACAAACAUAAUGCACUUAAGUACAUACAUAAAUAUAUGUUUAUUAUACAAUAAAUAAAUCUAGAAAAAGUUGUAUCAUUAUCUGUACAUUUAUUAAGUGCCUUUUUUUGAACUCGACAUAUUUGAAUGUCUUUUUUCUUCUUCAGCUCUUCUAAGAUUAUUCAAUACAACGCGUUCAAAUUCUGCGUCG